AUCAAGGAAUAAAGACGUCGUCGUCUUCGUCGGUCGCGUUGAUUUCGUGCCUGGUGUGCUCGGAACUCGGUGCUCUCUUCUCUUUGCCAGCCAGACAGCUGUUUUGCUGUGGGUUUUUUUUUUGUUGGUUUGCCGGCGCUGUUGAUGCUGUGAGCAGUGGCCGCGCGCGCGUCAGUCAAGAUGAAGCGGUCUUGGACGGUGGACGGGCGUUCCUGACCUACGACGUCUGGGGACUUUGGCUGGCUUGUGUUGUGCUGGGGAGUUCAAGUGACCAACUUCGGUGGGAAUUUCGGCAGUUCGAGACGGGGUGCGGGACGCCAGGGCUAAUCGACUCGAGAUGGCACCACCACCAUGCUUCCGAAGAUGCAUCUGCCAAUUGGUUCUUCCGGUCGUUUCGAGUGGCCCAUUAACGUAAGGGAGCACAUACAACGUUCAGACGCCGCCGGCCGAGUGCAAUGUACGUGUGAUCAAUCAUGAAAUAAAAAUCUAGAACGAGAUUGCAUAUUGAGGAAAGAGUAAAAUAAAAACGCACGUGGAGAAACGGAAAGAAAUAAAAAAAUCAAGCGAAAAUUAUAAAAAAAAACGGAAGAAAAAACCAACAGUGAGUGGAAUCAAUUAAGUGAAUCUGCUACCAUAAAUUAUGAGAUUAUGGUAAUUGAGUGUUUAGUGUGCAAACGAUGUAUGUUUAUUCUCGGUAUUAAUAAAGUGCCCCCCGCUUAUUGAAUCAUAAUUACAGAGCUCGAAGCUUUGGUGAAGAGAUUGUGUUGGCCGCGGGAGCAGGUUGCUUGCUGCAGCCGAAGAAGGAAGAAUAAAUUGUGCUCAUCGGAACCGUGCGUCGCAGCUCCGGGGCGGAACUUGUUGCUGGUGCUGGGAGUGAGUCCAGAAAAUUGCGGCCCAGAUUGUGGCGCUUGUGUAUGUUGGCACCCAGAGUGCAGGCAUCGGCUAGUGGUUGAUGAAUAAGUUGUAAUUGAGUGUUGCAAAUUGUUGCCAAAGUCACCUGUUACACCUGUUGCACCUCCCUACUCUGCGCCAAAUUAGUGCAUUGCUGUCGUCGAGUCGAGUUUGUCGGGUGAAACAAUGCUGCCACUUCUCGGCUGGGCAUAUCUUCGUCAGAACGCCGGCGUCGCCCCCUCCCAGCUGUACGGCCCUCACCUAGGCCAUACCAACGACGCCAUUACCGGUGCCGAGCUAGGUGUCAAGCAGCGCGUGCCCAUCAACGUGGGCGGACUAUCUACGGCAAGGGUCGUAAAUCCGAAUUACUCCACCUACGCCCACGGCCAGGACUCCAAGGACGGCAAGUCCUUUAUUAUGCGAUUUAGUCAUAACGGUAGCGAUUUGUUGAUAACCACGAACGAACUAAGGCUUGGGCUAGGUCAGGGAGGCCCGGGGACUUCCGGCGGACACGUGCCAUCGACCAUCAACGGUAGUGACUCUACAGGUGGGACGACGGCAACGGUGGAGCGUGUGGUGGUGGUGUUGGCAGGUGUCGUGGAGCCUCAUCCCGGAACCGACGGCGGCGGCGGCGGUGGUGGCCACGUGGCAGACAAUGUGCUGAGCAUGAACAUCACUCCGGCACUUUCCCAGGUUUUAUUAGCGCCAACCUCGGCGAGCAGUUCCGGAGCUGUCAUAUCGGCUGCCGUUGCGGCCACCAAGGUCGUCGGAGGCACCACCAGCGACAACGUGACGAGUGAGGAGAUAAAUUCUUUUUAUUUUUAUGAGACUGAACAAUUUGCAGUAUUAUGGGCCCUGUUCACCGUGAUAGUCCUUGGCAAUUCAGCCGUGCUGGUCACGCUGCUGCUCAACAAGAACCGAAAAUCGCGAAUGAACUUUUUCAUCAAGCAGCUCGCCAUAGCUGACCUCUGCGUGGGACUGCUGAGCGUCCUGACGGACAUCAUCUGGCGGAUGACGGUCUCGUGGAAGGCCGGCAACGCGGCGUGCAAAGCGAUCCGAUUUGCCCAGGCCAGUGUCACCUACGCGUCAACCUACGUCCUGGUCGCGCUCAGCAUUGACCGGUACGAUGCCAUCACACAUCCGAUGAACUUUUCCGGCUGCUGGAAUCGAGCUCGUCGACUGGUCGCUGCUGCCUGGAGCUUGAGUGCACUGUUCUCACUUCCAAUCUUUUAUCUGUAUGAGGAGCGGUCGAUACAGGGGAAGAAGCAGUGCUGGAUCGACCUGGUAGACCCUUGGCGGUGGCAAGUGUACAUGUGCUGGGUGGCCAGUUCCCUCUUUGUCCUGCCAGCGCUGAUCAUUUCAGCGUGCUACGCCAUCAUCGUCAAAACGAUUUGGGCCAAAGGAGCCAUUAUGGGGCCAAUUGAUCGAACGCGCAACGGGAUGGCCGACUUGGCCAGCCGGCGGGCCAGCUCCCGGGGCAUCAUUCCAAAGGCGAAGGUGAAAACCGUCAAGAUGACCAUUGUGAUAGUGAUAGUAUUCGUGCUCUGCUGGUCGCCGUACAUCGUGUUCGACCUGCUGCAGGUGUUUGGCCAAAUUCCGGAAACGCAGACCAAUAUCGCCGUAGCGACCUUCAUCCAAAGCCUGGCGCCGCUCAACUCGGCCGCCAACCCCCUCAUCUACUGUCUCUUUUCGACGCAGGUCUGCCGGAUGAUUAAGAGACUCCCCCCGUUCCGAUGGCUGCUGGCCUCCAAGUGGUGCUGCAAAAGCCCGGACGGUGGCUCGCAAGGCGCCGGGAUGCGCAACGGGACGGUACUGAACGGGAACGCCCGGUUGCAGAACCACAACAGCAGCGACUCGAUGCGGACGCUGACGACGUCGCUGACCAUCUCCCAGCGGUCGUGCAUUCGGCCGUCGCGUGUCGUCAUCGUUGAACGACCCAAAGCGGCGCUGGCCAUGUCCCAAGUCUGAUGAGUCUGGGUGAUUUUUGUAGAAAAAGAAGGAUCAAAACUUUAAAAUAGUUGUCUAAGUAUUUAUUGAAUUGUAAAUAAAAUUGUAUACAAAUGAUGUGUAACAUAAACAAGUACAUGGAAAAAUAAAGAUUGAAGCCCAUAAAUGAGCUGGAUGUUCCCCGGGAAAUAAAACAAAUGUAAACUUAUUCAGAAUCGGUUCCGGAAAAUUAGCCUGCAACAAGACAGAACGGAAAGAUGUAAAACUGCAGGAGCUUUUUUUUCUACAAUGCUUGUGUGGUUAUGAUGAUGAAUUGAGUGAAAAGCAGGAUAAAUAAAAAACAAACAUUUGCUAAUGUCCCACCCAUUUGUAACAAGCAGAAAAAAUACAAACAAGACUAUAGAUAAGUCACAGUCUGGGUACACUGCUCUGAAUGUUUCAUGAUGGAUCAACAGCUAGUUUGAGGGCAAAGGAAAAAAAAAUCGAGCGAAAAAGUAAAAACAGAGAAAACAAUUAAGUUUAAUGCGUUGACCCUGCUGAUAAUAGUGGGUGGAAAGUGGCUUUUGGUCCUCGCAGCAAGAGGGUGGACGCCCACUUAAGUGAACAUCAGUGUGCAAAGCAAAACAGAGCAGGAAACAAAUUGUGAACUUUUGUUUUUCUCUUCUUGGCAGCGCUCCAUGACGCAGUCAGAGUGCAUAAUUAAUGUUUCGAGCAUCACUCACGUGGCGUUGUCACGAGUCGUUUAACACAUGCAUGUAUUCGUGUAAAUAUGUUUCAUUCAUGUUGUGUCGGGAGCAAACCUGUCCCACCCCACCUCCUCCAAAGCAAACCGAAUGAGUGCAUUCGAGAAACCACCUUGUGUAUAAUGAAAAAAAAAUAAAUGGAAUGGAUGGACUCUCUCUGUA